AUGUUCACGUCCUCCUCGUCCUCCUCCUCUCCCUCUUGCUGCUUCUAUUCCACCAUCAACAGCCCGUUGUUCUUCAACAUCACCAUCAUCGGCUGCGAAUCAAUAGCAAUAACAAAUUCUACGGUAAAUAGAUCACCAAGUGUUCAAUCAACAUUUAAUUCUAUCUUAAGCACUAAUUGUUUAAAUUCAAGUCCAUCUCAAUCAAUCACCAAUUAUCCAGCAACAGUAUCAACUGGAUCCACAUCUUCAUUAGCAGCAAUGAUGACAGCAGCGGCGGUAGCUGCAGCAAUGGCUGGUAUAUGUCGAUCUAAUUCAGACGUAUCCAAGUGUAUACCAUCUCUGUCAACGUUUUCACAACCUUUAUCCCCUUCAUCAUCAUUGUCAUUAGCCGGAUCAAUAUCCCCAACAGCAGCGGCAGCAACAGCAGCAACGUCUGCAUUUCCAACAGGACUUAAUCAAACUUUUCAAAAUUUAGAUUUGAUGAAUUUACCAUCAAAAGAAUUCCAUGAUGAAUUAUUGAAUCAUCAUGAUAUGAUGCUUAUGAAUGGACAACAACAUCUGUAUAGGAAUGCAAUACAAUCGAAAUAUUUAAGACAUUCACAACAGCUACAUCAGUAUACACAUACUACUAAUAGUAAUGCUAAUAAUAUUAAUAGUAUAAUAGAUUAUACAAACGAUGGAUCAGUCACUGAAAUGGAAGAUAUUGAUGAUGAAGUAAUUGAAGAGAAUGAAAUGCCGGGUGAUAAUGAAGAUGAUGAAGAAUUUACUGAAGAAAUGUUAUUACAUGAACGAAUAAUUCAUAGUAAUGAUAAUAAUAACAGUAAAGAAUGUAAUGGAUUAAUAGAUGAACGUCCAGAAAAUGAUUUAUCAUGUGGAACGAAUAAUAAACCAGUUGUUAAAUGUUCAACUGGGUUCAAUAAUGAAAUAGGCAGUACAAGAAACUCAAAAAAUCUAUUAGAAUCAAUGAAACAUGGCCAAUCACCAAACAAAGAGAUCAACACUGCUCAUCUACAUACAAAUAAUGAAUUGAAGUUUUUAAAUAAAUCAUGUAAUCAUAAUUUCACUGGGAAUAUGAUGAGUGCCAACAAUAGCAUUAAUAGUAAUAAUACGAAUAGUACCAAAGCAGGGAAUGUAAGUAGUAGUAGUAUUAGUAGUGGACGAGCUAGUCGAACAAAUUUAUCACCUAGUUCUGCCAUGAAUCAUGAUCAAAAACGGAAUCAUCAUUAUCAUCCCCAUUACCAUCGAAAUUUCACUGAAUCGUUGAUAAACAACAAUAAUGUUGGAACUAAUAAUAAUAAUAUGGGCGACUCGAAUUCAACAGAAUCUGAUGAAAAUUCAUCAAUAAACUUGUCAGUCAAUAAUAAUACAACUACUACAUUAAUGACCACGUCAUCAACAUCAACGCCAACAACAACAGUGCCUUCAUCUUCGUCAUCAUCGCCUAGUGGUGGUGGCGUUGGAUCGGGUGCAUUAUUUAGUAUUCGACGAGCUGUUGGGUUGUCUAGAACUAAUCUACCAUUUCCAGCACGGAAACGUCUAUUCGGUUGGUUAGUUGAUCAUUUGAGAGAACCAUAUCCCUCAGAAGAGGAAAAAAUGAUGCUUGCUAUGGAAACUGGAUUAUCACGUACAACAGUGAAUAAUUGGUUUAUUAAUGCUCGACGACGUUAUGUUAAACCAUUAAUGCAAGGCCGACUUGUUCUCCAAUCAGGAGUUUUUAAAACAGUCACCAGUGAAAAUUGUAACACUACAACACCCAGUGGAGGUAGCGGAGGAGGUGGUGGCGGUGGAGCAUCAUCAUCAGCUUCUUCACCUCCAUCCCCAACAUCAAAUACUGGUACUAAUAAUAACAGUAUUGGAUCAAAUCAAUACGUACCAACAAAUCCUUGUAUAACCAAUAAAUCAAAUUAUACGAAUAGUCCAUUAAAUGAAAAAACUCAUCGAGAAAGAUCAACCUCACGAAGAAAUAAUUCAUUAACUGGGAAUACUCAUGCUAAUAUUAGUAGUAAUACCAUGAAUAAUUCAUCUAAUCUAUUACAAAUGUCAAAUUCAUUUAAUUCAAGUUCAACUAAUGAUGUAACAAAUACAUCAUGUCAUUAUAAUAAUUCAUUUAUUUCAAAUCCAUUUUUAAAUCAAUCAAAUAGUUUAUCGAUUAGUAAAUCAUCAAACUCAUCAUCAGAUUCCACUGCAACUAUUUCAGCAAUGGCAGUAGCUGCAGCCGCAGCAGCAGCUGUAUACGCUGGUGCAAAUAUGAAUUCAAACAGAGGAGAUGUAGGAGGUGGAGGAAAUAGAAUAGGAUGUUCAUCUACAUUGACAGGAUCAAUUUCAACAUCAUCAACAUCUGCAUUAUCAUCAAAUUCAUCGUUACUUUUCUCUACACAAUUUAAUAAUCUACUUAAUAAUGCAGCAAUGGCAGCUGGUGUAUCAGUGUCAGGAUCAAAUUCAAUUACAAACUUAAAUCGAUCAACACGUACAGGAUUAUCUAUGCAUUCUCUUCAACAACAACAACAUCAACAUAAUCGACAAAAUCAACAACUACCACAACAACCACAAAUCCAUUCAGAUAUUUUAUUAUCUAAUGAACAUUUAGUUGAUAGUAUAACAAAUUUAUCUAAAAAUUUAUUAUGUUCUUCAUCUACUGAACAAGAACACAUGAUUAGUGGUACUACUGGUGAUUGAAUGAAUAUUUAGAAAAGGAUAGGAGAACAAAAAAGAAAGUACAAUUGAAGAAAUGAUUAUAACAUUGUAAAUUACAUAAUUCAUACUACUUAUAAAUCAUAUCAUUCAAGUAAUAGUACUACUACUAAUAAUAAUGAAAUGAAAGUAUUCAAUCUAACAUGGAAGUUGGAUUUUCUUUCGUUACUUCUCUACACACUCAUUUCAUAAAUCUUAUUUUGAAAUGAAUACAACUUGUAUUGAAUACAAAAUAUCUAAAAAAAAAUAGAAAAUAAAUUUUAUGAAUGAAUAUUCAUUGUACAUAAUUCAACUGUAUUCAAUAAGGCUAUAAGAAGAUUAUGUAUACAAAUUGUUUAUUUGUUUACUUUUUUUUUGUUUCUUCUAUAUUCAUUCAUUUGGUUUCUUUGUUGUUAGCUUAAGAUUUUCUUAUGUAAGUGUAAUUUCCAAUUAGGUUCUAUUGUAAUACACGAUUUGCAUAUAUAUAACAUGUAAGUGUGCUGUGUAUAUGUAUGUAUUUACGUCAGCCUAUGUUACUUGUCAAUUUCUUUGACUGACAUUACAUUCAUUUUAUAUUAAUAAUAAUAAUAAUA